AUGAGCAGAAGAAAAGAUACCAGGUACCAGCAAAAAGGAGAGUUUGAUCUUAAGGCAACCUUCAGUCCCUGGCAGGAAGCCUUCUAUACUUCCUGCUGCAGUACAGUCAGUCUAGGCCUGCAGGCAGAAGCAAGUAAAUGCAUGAUAAUAGAGGAGGGAGAUGUCAUGACUGACUUAGAGGGACGGAAGACUGAAGGAAAGUUUCAUUGUGGAUAUGGCGAUGGCGGUGAUGGUGGCGGAGGUGGUGAAGGAGGUGGCAGAAGUGAUGGUGCAGAUGACAGAUAUGAAGGUGCUCGUAGCAGUGGUGGUCUUGGAGGUGAGGAAGAUGCUAGAGGUGGCAGAGAUAGUGGUGGUGAAGAUGCUGGUGGCAGUGGGGGCGGUGGUUUAAGUGAUGAUGCAGGCGGUGAUGGUGGUGGUAGUGGCAACAGUAGAGAUGGAAAUAGUAGUUUUAGAUAA